GUCCUCAAGGGGAGGCCCUUUUUAUUGGGUCGCGGGGAAGCGGCAGUGGGCGUGAGUGGGCGUGGCUUCACCUCUACCUUGAAAGCGUUGGCUGCUGAGCCUGCUUGCUGCUUCUGCUGCUCUUGCAAUGAGAAGCCGGGAGGUCUUGAAGCUUUUCAAAACUUUGCACAGAACAAGGCAACGCGUUUUCAAAAAUGAUACUAGAGCCCUAGAAGCUGCAAGACUUAAGAUAAAUGAAGAAUUCAAAAAUAAUAAAGAAGAGACUUCUUCCGAAAAAAUAGCUGAGCUUGUAAAAAUAGGUUCAGAUGUAGAAUUUAUACUCAGAACAUCUGUCCUUCAAGGUGUUCAUGUGGAUUCCAACCAACUAUUGCUUGUACCAAGAAAAGAGCUGCUUCUGGACAACGUGCCUUUCAGCGACACACCGAAGCAAAAGUCAUGAAUUGGGGAGAAUAAAGUUUUAUGGUACUUAUUAAAUGUAGUGUGAUUUCUUUCCUUGCAUGCUGAGAUUUCUUUCCUGGGGAACCUCCAGCCCAUGGGACUAAUCAGGUCCAGCAUGUGUCCCGAUAGGUGGCAUCAUCUCUGACAUCAUCUGUGACAUCAGGUGAGAGGCAGAGGUGACAAAAUUCUCUCAUCAUAUGAUUGGCGUUGAGAACAAGCCAGCUAAGAUUCUCUGUGCGGGGGAACUGUGCAGCCAGCCAAUCACUGAAGGGGCUUAACAAAGAACCCUCCCUAACUCUGUACCCCCUCCAAAUGUCAUUUCAAUUUAAAUUUUAGUAUCUGUGGGAACAGAUGGUUGAGAAAGACUUGUUCUAAAAAUCUUCUCAAUGUCUACAGCAGGUGGUGCUCUUCCAUAUCUAUAUUCAGGGAACGAAUUCUGAAAUGAAUUCAGAACUGCUUCCUCUGCAUAUUUACACCUAGUAGUAAGUAGCUGCCUUUAAUUCAAAAGGUGAGUUUGGAAAUAUUUUAUUAAACGAGUUGGCCCGUCUGUGUUCACGGAAGCUUACUUCGCAGAAAGGUUAAAUAAGAUUGCAGGCUUAAAUUUCAUUUCACUUUUAAUUUGUAUACACAAGGCAGUUUGCAAGCUGAAGAAACAACAAAAUAAACAGCAAAGGUCAAACGCAUAAUAACAAUCUGAUCCAAUGCACACACACAAAAAAAGUCACAGUAAUUUUAAAAUAAACAACUUAUAUCAAAUAAAGCAAUAGUUGGUAAUCCAUUAGAAUAUAAUAGUAAACAGUAAAAAUAACAUAACUAUCAGCAAAUAAUAAUUGAACUGUUGACACUUAUCAGUUACAAUAAAGAGUUACUAAACUAUCGUCGAUGAAAAUAACAGCACAAAAUAUCACAGAGCAUACAAAACCAUGUGAAAGGAUCAAAUUGAGAAACAAGGACACACAAUUUAUCAAAUUAUUUUUAAGCCCUCUUUGUUUUAGCUCCUUAAUCCCUAUACAGUACUUAGAGAUAAGUCUAUUUUUUUGCCGCUUGUGUCUUUGAGCAUCGAGAGGUAUUUGCUGGGAAAGUGAUAGAGGAUUCUGUCCCCAUGAACGGGGAACCUGUGGCUCUCCAGUUGCUGCAGUCCCAGUCGUCCUGACCAAUGGCCAGGAAUGGUGGGAGUUCUAGUCCAGCAACAUCCCAGAGGGCCACAGGCUCUCCAUGCUUGAUUCUGAAGCAUCCCAGCAACAUACAUUCUCUUUUCCUCAACCCUAUAUAGAAUAUAUAACGUGGGUUGACUUGCUCUGCCUUUUUGCCCAGUGCUUCCCAAAUGCUCAACAACUAGCUGAUUGUUGGCCAUCUGGGAAGCUGUGUGCAAGAGGUUUUGCAGUGCCUACGCAACUCCUUUGAGCCAAGCCCCACUUUUACGUGGCCCAAAGGUAGUCAUGGUUCCCCCGAAACAACUCAUGGGCACAAUGGGGAGGCCUGGGAGGCCAAAUUUGGCCCUUGGGCUGGAGGUUCCCCACCCCUAGCCUAACUCUUAUUGCAAAAGAAGCUUGGGCCUGAUACCUUAAUUUGAAAGGUACUUCAUGGCUAUGAGAGAAAAUAUCCCAAGGAAGCUUCAGCAUAGAAGUUCAUUAUGUUCCAUAUUUUUCAUAUGUCAAGGCCUGACUUUCCAUAAGUAUCUUUUAUAUCUGGGUUUCUUGCAUGGUUUUUUUUUGUACUGGCAUCAUACCUGCCAAGUUCCGGCCUGAGAAAUAAGGGACUGGACCGGACGUAGCAGACCGGAAGUAGCGCUGCCGCCAUUUUGGAACUUGGCGGAGCAUGCUCAGAAGCGACUUUUGAUGCUGCUCUGCCCUGUUCCAAAAUGGCUGCCGCACCAGAAGUCACGCUGCAGCAUAGCUGCCAAGUUAUCCCUUUUUUAAAGGGAAAUUCCCUUAUGCUGAAUAGGCUUCCUCGUGAGAAAAGGGAAAACUUGGCAGCUAUGCGCUGCAGCCAUUUUGGAACUGGGCAAUGCAGCAUCAAAAGUCUCUUCUGAGCAUGCUCCGCCCAGUUCUAAAAUGGCCGUCGCGCCAGAAUAAACCGGGGGGAAACAAAAAAAUCUGUUUUUUCAGCUGGGGGCAGCUGGAAAAACGGGGGUUUCCCGGGGAAUAUGGGAGACUUGGCAGCUAUGACUGGCAUCUGUCAGCAAUUCAGUUUGCUGAAAUGCCGGUAUGUGCUAUAGGAGAAGAGCUCUGUGCAAGAGCUUGCAGUAGACUAAUCGAAAAUAAGAUUAAGAUAUUUUAGCCUGUGCCUUUGUUACUGCAUUUAACGUCUACUAUUCUGUCAUCACCUCAUCUUCUUAAAAACGGUGUAUAAUUUAAUAGCCCUGUGGAGGCAAAAAAGAAAAAAGGCUGAUAUGUCGAUAUGUGCUUGCUACACACACAAACACACACUCACUUGUGGUUAAUGUGAUUUGCCUUGAAGAAUGUGCAUAAAACCAACCAUUGUGCUGAAUCAUUGGACUGGAGAACGUGCACAAAAGAACAGCAUAAAUUUUGAUUUCCCAUAUUAGCCAAGCUUAAAAUGUUGGGUAUUUCAUGUGGGGCAUUUCACACAUUGCUUGAUCAUUCAGCCUAUUAUUUUCUUGGGCAAUGUAUACCUUUACUUACUGAGGUGUGAAACUCUCACGUCUUUCAAUAUUAAUUGGAAGUUAUGCGUGUUGAUGUGCCCAAUUCCCUAUUUUUGCUUCUUAUACAUGCUCAUUAUUCUUCCUUUCUGGUGAAUGUGCACAAUAACAGGCCAUCAUGCGCAUUCUUCAGUCAACUUGUAUUAACCCCAGCCAUUGUUUUUAGCUUUGCCCUGGGGCAACGGGGACAGCCACUGUUGCAUAUGCUUAUAAACCUGAUCCCCGGACUUUAAAGAUACCAUAUCUGGCCAUUAGACCAUCCUCUUUCAGAAUUUUACUUCAUAAAUCUAUAUUUUCACCCCAAAGAUCAAGUAUGAAAUUUUAUCAAACUCUCUCUCUCUGAAGAAUUUCCCCUGUUAAGGAAAUGUGUCACAUUUCAGCCAAGUUUUGAAGUAAAAAUGGAAAUGUCGUAAAAUCUAAUUUAAAACACACAUAAAAUGCUGGAUUCUAUGUUAUUAAAAGUGUGCCAUCCUUAUCAGUGAAUCUUAUUGGGCUCCUAAUCAUUUUACGUAGAACUUCGAUUUCAUGGUGUAUAGUUUGCUCUUCUAGCUGGGAGGUAAAACUGUAUUACGGUAUUAUUAUUAUUCCCAUGGAUCUGACCCACAAUGCACCUUUUUAUGUUUUCUGACUUUGGUCUUGCUUGAUUGUUUGCUUAUUAUAGUUCUCUAUAUAGCACAGUCUAUAUCUAUCCAUAUAAAAUCACCAGUGUUGUCUAGGAGUGGAGCAGAGAAUGAUUCAGUCAUUGGAAGAGACUAGUUAAUAGCAUCAUUUUUUCGAUGCACUCAUUAAAUGAUUGGUUAGAACAAUCUAUGCUCUUGCUUAUUUUUCAAUCAAAUUUGAGCAGUUUUUUUUUCUUUUAAUAGCAACUGCCAAAAAUACGUAGUGUUCUUGC